AUGGCGGCGAAAGCAAGCGAACGAUCUCAAUCAAAUUAUUUGAAUCGAAAGAGUUACUGUAUUAAAUGUCGUCUAUGCAGAACACAACUGAUAACAUCAAAAACACCGAAUCACAGUCUUGAGGGAAAGACGAAACGCUGUGGAAAUUGUAUUUUCCUGGAUGAAGACGUUUUGCCCGAUUGGAUUACCCACGAGAUCCAGAGAUCUUCAUGGACGAAAGGACGACUAAAAUGCCAUAAGUGGGAGUGCACUGCCCGUGUUGGUGGGUUCGAUUUCAUCCAAGGCAUUUCAUGUGCGUGUGGGAAAUUUCACAUUCCAGCGAUUUGGCUUCAGGAUUGCAAAGUAGAUGUGAUUUCAGUUGAUUGCAAGGAUUUCUCAGUCACUGAUACAAUUUUUAAACAAGAACCUGUUGAUGCAACUGUUGAAAUAGAUUUCCAACACCCUUUAAAACACAGAGUCAAUAUUCCAAAAGACUCCUUUAUCCAUGUGUAUGAUCUUGAGAAUAACUUCCAAGUACCAUUCAAUACAACUUCGAUUAAAGUUAAAGAAGCUCAUACUAAUAAACUUAAGGAAUCAUCAUAUGAGGACAACAAAGUUUCAUCUGCCAACAAUGGAUUAAGUGGUGUAUUCAAUGAAACAAGCACUUCUAUUUCUAGAAGGAAACAUAGAUCACGUGCAAGGAAGGAAAAGUCAAUGAACUUCAACAUAGAAAGUAAAUGCGAACUGCACACACCGCAUGCACUUAAGAAAGAGAGUUCAGAACUAGUUCCCAAAAAUUUUAACAGGUUUGAAGCCCUUGCGGGGCUUGAUACAACCAAAACAGAACUCACACAAAAUCAACAAGAGAAUUCAAUUAAGAGAGAUGAUUUAAUAUGUGCAGUGUGUCUGGACUAUUACUACCAACCAUAUCAAUGUCCUUGUCUGCACAUUUUCUGUGAACCUUGCUUAAAGCAACUUUACCAUUGGAGAAAUGGUACUCUCUUAUGUCCUAUUUGUAGAAGUGCAGUCAAAUAUAUCAAAGUACCUGAAUCAGUCAGACAAGAAAUCAACAGCCUUCAAUUACCCAGCAUAAAACAAAGGACAUUUUAUGAAAGGAAUGCAAAGCAUCGUAAAUGGCCAUUGCCCCCGAUUGGCUUACAAACAUUUCCAUGCAAGCAGACACGUCAGGUUACAAAAGUAAAAAAGAACUUCUUUGCUUUAAUAUGUUCAAUGUGCAUAGUCUACAUCAUUAUUUAUGUAUAUGAACUCCAAUAAACUGAAUAUGACUGGAAGGCUAACUUUGAAGCUGGAAAUUCAACUAGUCCCAAUCCUUCCCCACUCACAGAACAAAAAAAGUUCAUUACAACAGUGAGGUGAAAUGCUGAAGUCUCCCUAGUAAAUGUGCUUUUAUAAGGCUUCAUGCCAGUACAGGUACUUAUACUGGAGGGUAGCAUUACCCAGUUAUAUAUUUAGUUCAAUGAUUAACACACACAAAACUUUGUAAAUUAAUUUGAAAUUAAUCUACCCUCACACAUACACAAAAAUCCUCUUUAUUUAAUGAAAAAAUUAUAACCCAUAUACAUCGGCCUACAAACUGGGAUAUGGUACCAAGAAGUUACUAUUAAAAUAAUAUGCAUAUAUAAAUGCAAGGACAUCAUCUUAUCAUUGAAUGAAUAAAUUAAUUAUAUAUGACCAA